AUGUCUCUCAAGUUAACUUCCACGGGCCGAUUGCCCCCAGAGCAAAUGUUCACACUGCAGGUGGGUUCCAAACUUUUCCAGGUUUCAGGCUAUUCGCUUAAUUCAGAUUCACCAAACUUGUUCACGCAUUUUUUCUCCGCAAACGAGUCCUCUACGUUAUUCAUUGAUAGAUCGCCCCAGGUCUUUAAGCUUAUCGUGCACCAUUUGCAAGGCUACACCGUCGAAAUUCAAGACGGGGCUCAAUUCACCACCUGUUUUCUAGACGCAAUAUAUUUUCAAUUGCCUAGACUGCAGGACUUAUUAAAGCACUCAGAAUAUUACUUUGUUUGCGUAGGCGGGACCCACUUCAAACUACCUAAGACCCUGGUUUCGCAAGUCGGGAACUCUCUUAAUUAUUUCGAAAUGGCUUGCAAAUCUCUAUUCGAUGAUGUGCAAGCCAUCUAUCAUACCAUGAAUCUGGUUAGACCUCCACCUCAAUCACCCCCCUACGUGAACCGCUCUCCAAACUAUUUUGCAAAUUUGGUCACCUUACUACAAGGUGGGAUACUAGAAUUGACUCCAGAAAGAAGGCAGUCUUUAAUACAAGAGUGUCGCUAUUACAGGUUUUUGCGCCUUGAGCAGCAAUUAGUAGCGUGUCAAUUAAGGUGGAAUCCAGUUUUACAAACCCAAGAAAUUGUCAUGGCUAUGAACGACAUAAGACCCAAGUUUGUGAGUCUCUCGCAGUCGCCGUCACCUGUAGAGCCUGUACCAAAAAAGCCACGUCUGUCGUCGGACUCGUGUUGGACCUCUGUGCAAUACAGAAGGCCAUUUGUCGAUGCAGAUGCCCCAUUCGCAAGGGAGUUGAUUUUUCAAGUAAUGAACUCAGAAGCCACCUUAUAUUUCAUUAAAAAUUCCAAGACCAUCCACGUUGCACUCUCGGGACCCUCUUUGAAUAUGUUCAGAUCCAUUUUCAACAAACUUUUGUCACAAAAUGGCAUCGAUCUUAACAACUACCUGAAGCAAGGCUCACUACUGGUCCUUCCUGCAUGUCUGUCACUGUGCUCGUUGCAAGUUAACUCAGUACCUUGCCGCAACGUUGGCGCUUUGGUCGAAGAUUUUCAGCUAGUUGAUCAAGUGCUAGACUUUAACAACCCAAACCAUAUAAAUCAGUUAGUGCCUGGUCUCAAGCUGAACUUGAUGAAGUCGCUCUGGAAACUCGGUAUGCGUGACGAAAAGCUACUAAUGAUUGCUAUCAAAGCGGAAGCAAUCUCUGGGCUGAAGGAAUACAAUAAAACUUUGGAAUACGUAUAA